AUGGCGGGCGAUAUAGAGUGUACUGAAAAUAUUCUCUACGUAAAAACUGUAAAUUCUGAAUGGCAGUUGAACGCGGAAGUAGUGGCAAACACAAAAGAGUUAGCAGCCAUCCUCUGUGAUCAUUCUAUAGAGAUUAGAUCAAGCAAUGAUGACUUCACCGAAUGUCUGGUGAGGUUUAGCACUCCAACGCAGGACAACUUUCCCCAGUGGAGACUUCUGGCUUGGGCGCCUGAUGAUUCCAUCCUUGCUCUCUCUGACAGCGCUGGCAACGUGUUCUUGUAUAAUAUUGCUGGCUCUCUUCUCUGCCAUAUCUCUCCGAACACAAACCUGCCAGAGGACUUGAGUGGUGCUCUGUGUUCAAUCAUUUUUAAGGAGAGUAUGACUAUAAAGCAACCUGAUUCCAGUGGUAGCAGCAACCAGCUACAACAACAACAUUGGUUUUGUGAAAUGUUGAUUCUUAAUUAUAAAGGAAACCUGACUGCAUAUGCCAUCAGCCAGGAAGGCGAUUACAAAUUCUUGCACAGUUUUUCAUUUGAGAAGUACCAUCAAAAUGGUAUAACCCAGGCUCUUUACCUGCCUAACUACUCCAUCCUACUAAUCGGGGGUGGCAGUUUGGUGGUAGAUUACCAGCCGAACCGGACAGCAGCGGGUCAGGGUGGGGAAGGGGAGGUGGCAGCCAUUCAGAACUAUGGCGUUUCGGCAUGGAGGUUUAUUUCUGGGGAACCACAUUAUAAAAUGGUUGAUGGUUUUGAAAAUGAGCUUGAGAGCCUUUUAAAUUCAAACAGUUUGACGAAAAAGUUGUCGGCUCUCAUCCAGCCGUUUUGGUCGUCAGGUAAUCAGAGUGACGUCAUUUUUAAGAUGGCGGCGUCCCCAGAUUGUCGUAGGCUCGUUACGUUGCACGCGUCUGAAUCCAUUCGCUUUUGGUCAUUGCCAUCAUUCAAGUUGGUGAAAAAAUUUGGAGUCCAGGAACAAGGUGAUCGAGAAUUUCUUCAUUCUAAUGAUGUCAAAGAUCCUAAAAAACUUGAAGCUUCUAACGAUCAGCAGACAGCUUACCACGUUGUUGAUUUCUCGUGGUGGUCUAAUGAGGAUCUGAUUGUAGUUAGAAAUACCGGCUGCCUAACUGUCUCGUCUGUCACUAAUUUCACUAAUCGAUUAGGGAAGACCCCAGAGGUCUUUCAACAGGGAUGUUCCUUGAUGAGAUUUCAAGAUGGCUGCUUCUAUGUUCUAGAAUGUGAAAAAUCCUACGCUGGCAGUGCUAUCAAUCUGAAAAAGCAAGCAGCGCCGCAACACCAGCUCCAGCUACUACUAAAUAACGGCCCAGACGACGAUGAUAUAGCACAAUCCGAGCUUAACAUCAAUCUUGACAGUCCCAAUGACAACAACAACAACAACAACAACAAUACUAGCAGCAGCAGCGGCAGCAACGACAAUAGCGACCAACCAACGACUAACGACGAUGUAGAUGUCACUGAUGAUAGUAGUCUGGCUAGGAGUUUGACGAACUAUUUAAAAUACAUGCUCUACUAUAUUACUGAUCUAGAGGCAUUUCAUGCACCUAAAAAAAGACAAAAAAUGUUAAGAAGGGUCUAUAGGCUGUAUUGUAUAAAGUCAACUACACCUGAAGACCUAUAUGCCAGCAAGCUUGAUAACGAGGAAUACGAAGAAGCUCUCCUAUUGGCUCAGACGUAUGACCUUGACUGCGACCUGACCUAUCAGAAACAGUGGAAAAGGUCAACUGUAACAGUCGAUACCAUCCAUAAUUAUUUGUCGAGAGUCAGUAAACGAUCAUGGGUACUGCAUGAGUGUCUGGAGCGGGCUGUCCCCAGCAUGGUCGCCAUGAUCGAGUUGAUCCAGCACGGCCUCAUUGGUACUAACUUGCAGGCUGUCGUAGCCGCUGGCAGUGAUGGCGAUGAUGGCAGUUUGAACUUUCAGCAGAAGGAACUCUGUAGGACAAGGUUGAGAUUGUUACAGUAUAUGGACAGACUUCAAACAUACCAAACUUGCAACACGUCAGCUCUCAGUUGCAUGUUCACAUACCAUGGCCAACAGCUGCUGCCACACAGAUUGGCCAUAGUAAAUAAUUUUCCAGAGACAACAUCACCUGACUUGUACUCCAGUCUUCUGCCAACUUUGGAGUAA